CGGGGCCCGUUACGGGUUUCAGGCCAACCAAAGGUUUUAACAUCACCAUGGAUUCCAUAACUUGUAACAGGCCCCUUCCCCUUCAGGUCGUGUUUACCAAAUCUCGAAAGGGGGCUCGUUUCAUAACGCGGCGAUCCGUACCAUCCGUGCUGAGUUCAUUGCCCGAAGGCAAGAACCAAUCACAGUUUGUAGCAGUCUUUUCUCAGAAUAUCUUACCUUCUCAUGAUGCCUACUCAAGCAUCUUCAAAAACCCGCCUUCACCAGCAAAAGAUGACGUCAAGUCAAGUUCAGACGCUCAGGAGACUAGAGUUCCAUAACGACAUCGCAUUAUCAUUUGCAUACCCUCUGGCUUCGCCUUGGAGACAGACGAUGAUCGCGACGACCGCGGCCUCAAAGAGAAACAUGGCAUAUCCAGAAAGCGUCGGCAGAAGUUCAAUCCUCUCGUCAAUUCCCUGCUCGUACGACCUGGUCUACGCAGAGUCGCGAGCCAGCGAGGAAAAGCCAAGUGGGGUCUCUGGAGCAGCAAAACAUUCCGAAUGCUGGGCGGAUGCAUCUAGGCAAAAUCAUGGGAUGUUUCGGCCGGUCAGCAUCCGACUUUCAGGAGGACGGAAGGUCGAAGCGUUGGGGAGAUCACGUAUGGCCGGGGACGCAGCAGAAUUGUCACGCAUAGUUACAUAUGAAGACGUCACCGAAAAGAGGACAGGCCAAUGGACUGGAAUCCUGCUCUCGUGUGCCAUGGUUUAUGAUGGCUUGAUGUUCUUUCCUAGCAGCGGAGAUCAGGUUACCGACCGUGGUCAUGGGAGUCUUUCUGUCCAACAGUCAGCUUGAAGUCACCUCAGCAUACAUGCAAACGCUUGAUUGUGAGACCCCCGAAUUUAAUGUUAUUUGAGAUGGCCUGGGAGCUAGCCG